GUUUUUGAAUACACCACGCACAUGCAGUUUCCGGUUUCCGGUUUCAAGAUGGACGACGAAAAUGUAGGAAGGCUACUGCAAGAGGGAGAGGCCCCCGAAAUUGCAGAAGUUAAAUAUGAAUAUUUGGACCAUACGGCUGAUGUCCAAUUGCAUACAUGGGGCGAUAAUCUACAAGAAGCAUUUGAACAGAUUGCCACUGCAAUGUUCAACUACAUGACCACAGAUUAUGACACUGUAGAGAUGCUGGCAGUUCACGAGAUUGAGGCUGAAGGUGAAGAUAUGAUGUCACUCUUAUUCCACUUUCUCGACGAAUUCCUGUACUUAUUUUCUGUUGAGCCGUAUAUCAUACCGAGGGUAGUCAAAAUUACAGAGUUUGAUGUAGAAAACUUUAGGAUCAAAGCUGAAGGCUAUGGUGAAUCAUUCGAUAUAUCUAAGCAUCCCCAGGGGACAGAGGUCAAGGCCAUCACAUACUCCAACAUGCAGAUACACGACAAGGAGGGUCAACAUGAACUCUUCGUCAUCAUCGACAUCUAGCAACAGCAGCAGGCUGCAUGUACAUGUAUAAGAUUUUGUUUGUUGUUUAACCCCACAUGGUGGCCUGUAUACAAUCGAAUCUGGACCAGACAUUCCAGUGAUCGAUAUUGUGACGAUAAUUUACCACAGCCUGGGUACGAUGACACACAAUCCCCAAGUCUGACCAUCUGAUCUGUUUGGUCGUCUCUUACGACCAGCAGAGGUUGCUGUGGAGCAAUUCUAACCCUGCGUCUCAUCAAACAGAAACUUAGUCUAUUUUCUGAUGGUUCAAGGAGGAACAAUAUUUCCAUGUUAAACAUGGUAACAGAAAAUGGAUUUCUUCCUAUAUACCUUCUGUGAUAAGCCUUCAUCGGAAGCUGUUAGAUGAUGAGCAAAAUAGGUUUGUGCAUCCAAGAUAAACUACCGGUAUUUAUGUUUCAUGGACAGUGAAUUUCUUAUUUCUUAGAAGGGGGUUUAACAUUAAGACUACAACUAUCUGUUAUGAAAGCAGCAUACAGCUACUAGUUUUAUGUUUGUGCUCAUAAACCAGUUUACUUUUAGACUGGUCGCCAUUACAGUCUGUUACCUGCAACCUUCACAGGUUUUUCUAUCCAGAUUACACAUUUGAGAUACCAUUUCUGUGCCUUGCCUUGUGAAACCCUGUGAUCCCUGCUGGGUCAGGGUGAUCCUUGUUCAUCCGUCAUGUUAAAAAACCUUACAGGGGCGGUCGGGUAGCCUAGUGGUUAAAGCGUUCACUCGUCAUGCCGAAGACCCGGGUUCGAUUCCCGACAUGGGUACAAUGUGUGAAGCCCAAUUCUGGUGUCCCCCGCCGUGAUAUUGCUGGAAUAUUGCUAAAAGCGGAGUAAAACCAUACUCACUCACUCAUUAAAAACCUUACACUAGAAAAGAGGAUGGCUCUCCAUAGAGGAAAUACUUUUCAUAAGUCAGUCAUUAUUGAGAUACAGUAUUUGCCGUCACAAGUGUCCUGGGCUCUUAAAAUUUACACAGUUGUUGGGUGCAUAUAAAGUCCAAAAAUUGGCGGUUAAUCUGUUUUCAGAGGUCAAGUAGUAGCGAACAAACUUGUUCAAAUGUCUAUGAAACAAAACAUUUUCAGUAAUAGCUAUUAGGCAAAAAUACAUGUAUACCCCAUCUGCGCUGUUUUCUGUAAUAAAAAAUCUGUAAAAAACACAAGAACAUAUACAACGGUCAUGUAAAUUUUUGGUCUAUGUAGGGUGAGGUUAUAAAGACUAUAUUGGUCUAGAAUAUGGUCAGGGGAGGCUUACUGAAGCAUUAAUACAGUACUACUCCUUCCUCAACCAGUGGGGCGGUCGGGUAGCCUAGUGGUUAAAGCGUCAGCUCGUCACGCCGAAGACCCAGGUUCGAUUCCCGACAUGGGUACAAUGUGUGAAGCCCAUUUCUGGCGUCGCCCGCCGUGAUAUUGCUGGAAUAUUGCUAAAAGCGGCAUAAAACCAUACUCACUCACUCACUCCUCAACCAGCGUUACUCUUGGUGUUUACCAUCAGUCUAGGAACUGGUGACUUUUUGUGGCAAUCCUCAUACGCUGGUUUUAGAAACAGUUUUCCCUUUGUGUAUCUACAUGUUUGUGUAUAUCAUGUUUGAUUUUUACAUACUUUUUUCACAGUAAACAUUCGGAAAAGUA